CGUCCAAUACAAUGUCCAAUGGGGAGCCGGUUGGGAUUCAGCCGGCGCAUGUCUGCAUAUACCUGCGCUGAUGAUGUCACACGCGAGGGACGAUCACGUCUGCUACCUGAGAGCUGCUGAAGGGUGAGCGGUCAUUUCAGUCUGAGAAUGAAAGAAGUUGAAGACAUUUUUCCAGACUACCACGAUGGGGAAUUUCUGGCUCCUAAAAGCGGGGCAAAGCUGGCCUCUCUCUUUGACCUGGACCGGGCUGAGAGUCAGGGAAAUGAGUCCUUUCAGUUCACCGCCCCCAAGCAACCCAAAAAAUUCUCCACCACCACCGGUCCGCCUCCUCAGAAACCAGCCCCUUCCCCAACAGCUCCAGCCGUCCUAUUUGCUGCUGGUGUCCACACAUUCCGCUUGGUGAAUGGACAAUACAUGAAGCAGGGCAAGUUGGGUGCUGCUGUCCUGGGAAACCAUGUGAUCAAGGAGUAUACUCUCCUGUUGUAUGGCAGUCAGCAGAAGCACAUCACCACAGCAAGAAUAUACCCUGGAUUUGUCCUCACAGUUCAACCUGGUAACUACACAAUGUUCUAUGAUGAUCAGCAUCAGAACUGGUCUCUGAAGUUUGACACAGAAAAGGCUGUAUUAGAUUUCUCUAAAGAGGUAUGUUUGGCCAGAUGGAACAGCCAGGCAUGUGUGGACACACUGAUGAUCCAAGACCUGCUCCAGGGUGAGGGUCAGGCUGUAGAUGUGGGAGACACUGUGGAGGUGGUCUUCACUGGCUGGCUGUUUCAGAAUCACACUAUAGGACAGAUCUUUGAUUCCAACAUAGGCAAAAACAAGCUCCAGCGAGUGAGGCUGGGGUCUGGGAAGGCACCAAAAGGCUGGGAAGAGGGGAUGAUAGGGAUAAAGAAAGGAGGACGGCGUCUCCUCAUUGUCCCUCCCAGUAUAAAUGGGUCAAAAGGUAUUCCAGGCUGUGUACCACUCGCAAACACACUAGUGUUUGAUGUGGAGAUUUGUCAGGCCAGCUUUUCCAAACAUGGAGACUGCCUCAGUGGUGGAUCAACAGACUCUACCAAUGCCUCUUCAGUCCCUUCUCUGGACAACACAAGUACUGAACAGUCUGCCAUCUGUAUUUCUUCUGACCAAGGAGUUCAAGGACAGCGGAUAAAGUCUGGACCUGUAAAUGAGCCUCCAAAGCACUCUAAUGCAGCCAAAGCCAAGCUGAUCUCACGCAUGGCUAAGAUGGGCCAGCCUAUGUUGCCUUUCUUCAAAGGGGCCAUCCCAGCUCAGCCGGACCCCUGUGAUUCUGAGACACAGAACAUAAGUGAGUCUGGGAUGGUUCGUGACUCGUCCCCUCCAAACAUCAUCCCUUCAUCCUCUCCACAGCCUGUUGAGAUCACUUCCAAACCUAUAUCAUACACUGGUGAAAUCUCCUCAAAACCCGUGGCUAUCCAGCACUCAGAGGCAAGUACUGCAUGCUUUCCCCAGCGGGUGGAUAUCAGCUCAGGUCAAGCUUUCCAGCCUUAUGUUACAUCUCGGCUGCAGCCUUUUGCAUCAGUCUUUCCACCCCAACACAUGCUGUGCGAGGCUGCUGACCUCAGCUCCUUCUUGAUGACAGAGGCAAGACAACAUAACACUGAAAUCCGAUUAGCUGUUGGAAGGGUGGCCGACAGAGUGGACCAGUUGACCUCCAAGGUGGAUGACUUACAGAAGCAAGGAUUCUGUUCUUUUGGUCUAUCUUCGGUAUCUCUGGAAACAGCCAUGAUCUUGCAAAGCAUACAGAGAAUCGUUCAGGAAAAUACUUGUCUGAAGAAGGAGGUUUUUGAGAAGGGAUCCAAAGUGGAAGAGCAAAACCACAAAAUAGGAGAGCUCAUUGAACAGAGGCAAUGGUACAUGGAGCAGAGCAACAUGCUGAUGGAACAAAGGAACAAUGCUAUGCAGAACAGCAACCAGCACAACCAUGACAGGCUACUACAAGCUGAACAAGAAAAAGGUGAAGCAGUACAUCACCAGCAGAGGACUGCAGAGCUGCAGACCAAACUCGAUGCCGCCCUGGAGGAAGGCCGCAGCUGCUGUGCUCUCAUCAACUCCCUGGAGGCUCAAGUGGAAGAGCUGAAAAAAGAGGGAGAUCAAUCUCAACAGCAGUGGAGAACGGAAAAACAGAAGUACAGAAAGAUGGAAUUGAAAAUGAAAAUUAUGGAGGAGGAGAUCCACGACCUGAGAGCAGAGAAAGAGGCCCUUAACCAGAGGCUUUUAGAUAGGAAAAGGAAAUGGCAGCUGGAGCGGGAACGGCUUCUGAUGGAGCACGAGGAGCAGCGCAGGAGCAGUGAAGAGGAGAACCAGCAGCUCUGUGGGCAGCUCAGGAGGGAAAGAGUCUGCACUGAAAUGCACACCAGACGACAGCUACAGACUGAGCUGGAGUGGCAGGAGAGGUGUGCUGCUGCAGUGCAGGAGCAGAGAGUGAAACUGGAAGAAGUCAUUAAUCAGCUGCAGGAACAGUGUGCAACAUUACAGAAAGAAGUAGAGAGUGAGAGACAGCAGCUUAAGGGCCAGUUGGCUGUUCAGGUGAAGCAGGUGAUGAAUGGACUGUUCCACUCUCUGAGGACGCAAUUUGAUAUGCAGGAGUUCUACUCGGGUGACUCUGUUCUAAAGAUUCUCCUUAAAACUAUCAAGCAAGUGACCAUGCAGCUCCUUGAAGGGCCACAGGAGAUGAAGUCUGAGACAGGUGAUGAUGAAGAUGAUGAAGAGGAGGAGUAUCUCUCUACAGAAGAGACAGAUAAGGGGGAGAACAUGGAAGAAAGUGGAAAAAAACAUGAUCCUUUUCAGAUAAGCCUGGACCAAACCUACGUGACUGCAGAUGAAACAGCCGACCUGGAAUCACCUGAGCUGAGCAGUGAUUCCUCAACAGCUUCAGUUCUAGAUGGGCAGCCAGUGGAUACUCAAGAGUGAGGGGCAUGAAAAGGAGAACACUGGAUGAGGCCAAUCAGAACCCUCAUCACUCCCCUAUGCAAAGGCAAUAGAUGGCUGCUCAAGAGAAGCAAGUGGAGAAGGUGUAGAACCAUUUUUACUCAUUAUCAGCCUCCGUCACGACUAAUAGAGGCAAUGGACACUUGCUGUUGAAUGUCUCUGACAAAGUUUCUAAUUUUUGGACCAACACAACUCUGGACUAAGAGUGAUUGCUACAGAACUAAAUGAUGAUUUAUGCUGAAAUAAUCUCACCAUUUUAAACAAUAUAUCUGCCAUGAAACAAAUCAGUUACCUUAUUACUUUGUUAACUGUUAAUGUUGUAAAUUUUGUUAAUUUGUAGCAUUUUUAUUAUCCAAGCUAAAGGAAAAAAAAAACAUUCAGGCAGAUUUUUUUUAUGGCAGCUAUAUAAAAAAUCUAAAUGAAUGAGAAUAUUUGCCAUCAGAUGUAUUUACAUGUAAGUGUUAAAUAAAAAGUAAUUUUAAGAUUUUCUUCAACAUUGCAGCCAUAAAGGGACACUUUAGUUGGGUGCUGUCAAGCAAGUUUAUUUUGAAGAUUCCUAAUAUCACACUAAUAAUGUACUAAUUUUACAAUUUGACAAACUUCACACACAAAAUAAAAUUACAUAAAAACCUAUGGUAGACUUCUACCACAGGAGAUACAAAAAGUCACAAUCUAUCCACAAUCCAUACAGAGAUGCAGUGUAUGAUGAUUGGAAACACAAGACAAAAUGACUGGACUUCACAUGUAAGGCAAACAUACACAGCAUAAUGUCCGUUAAAGAGAGUCUAACAAUAGAUGUUGCAUUAAGCACUGGACAUGGGUAGAAUAGAGGCAAUACUUUAAUAUUAAACAAGUAUCAAUGACUGAAGUCAUAUUUUUAGCCAGAACAUGCUGUAUAAGUUAAACUGUAGACUACUUGGUUUCAGUACAUUUUGUACAUAGGUAGGUUAAUAUGCAUGAAAGAUUGUACAGCAUAGUGAAACUGAUCCAGGGAACCUUUUCUUGUUUUAAUAUCAUGUUGUAUACUUAACAUUUACAGUUACAAUAUGUAUGUAAGUGCCAGAACAAACUGGGUUUGUUUCAUAGCUGGACUGCAUCAUUAAA